GGGCCCCGAGCGCCCGGUGCCUGGCCGGCGCCCCCGCCCUGCCCUGCGCAGCUGUUUUCCACUUGCUCGCGGGGGAGCGGACGCGGGGCUCUCCCCCAGGGGCGCAGCCCGAGGGUCCCCGAAGGUCGCGCGCGAGGGCAGGGUGAGGCCGCGCGCCCGCCAGGCCGGGUUUGCGGGUCGGGACACGGGCCGGCCGGGCCGCGGGCCGCUAGGGGGACAGCCCGGGUCUGACAUCACCGUCUUCCACCGCCUGGGCCUCGGCGCUAAAAUGUGCUUUCUUCAGGAAAACAUGGUGACACACACCGAGCUUGUCAUUUCUGAAAAAAUCCUUUCUUGCAAAAUAAAACCUCAGCCAUUAAUUAUAAUUAGUUUUUGCUUCCAUAAUCUAACUAGUCAUGCGAGCUGGAGACGACAGUCCACAGAAGAGGGAAAUGCGUUUCAAGGUCAUUGCUUCAGCCGGGUAGAAGUGGAAUUACUGGUCAAAGGACGUGCAGAUUUGGGAGAAGUGGCCCCAGAAAUAAAAGCAUCUGAGAGACGAACAGCGGUGGCCAUCGCAGAUUUGGAAUGGAGAGACAUGGACGCAGACGACUAUGGUGCAAAUGAGGCUCAGGACAGUGACUUCCCAGCAGUGGAGAGGAGCAGGCUGCGGGAGAUGCUGUCGCUUCUGGGCCUGGACACCUACCAGGCCCACAAGCUCAGCCUCCAGGACUUCCUGCAGAUCAGCAGUGACAGCAUGAAGAACCGGGCCCCUCAGGCCCCCAGGGACUUACCCUGGAAUUUCCUCAGGAAGCUGCAGGCUCUCAGCUCCGAAGCCCGGAGCACCACCAUGGUGCUGGACGCGCCCCCGGAUGCCAGGCCCGCAGAGAAGGAGAGCCAGAUGGAGGAGGAGAUCAUCUACUGGGAUGCGGCCGACGACCUCGCCGCGGACAUCUACUCCUUCUCUGAGCUGCCAACACCCGACACGCCCGUGAACCCCUUGGACCUUCUCUGUGCCCUUCUGUUGUCCUCGGACAGUUUCCUGCAACAAGAAAUCAUGCACAAGAUGUCUCUCUGCCAGUUUGCCCUCCCCCUUGUCCUGCCUGACUCGGAGAACCACUACCACACGUUUCUGCUGUGGGCCCUGAGGGGUGUCGUGCGGACAUGGUGGGCGCAGCCCCCACGGGGGGUGGGCAGCCUCCGCGAAGACAGUGCAGUCCUGUCGCGGGCACCCGCCGUCGCCUUCGUGCGCAUGGAGGUCAGCAGCAACUCCAAGUCCCAGCUCCUCAACGCCGUGCUGGGCCCGGGCCACAGGCCGCGGGACUGCUUUUGGCACCGCGAUCUGAACGUGGGCACCAACCCUCGGGAGAUCGCAGACGGGCUGGUGGAGGUCUCCUGGUUUCUUCCCAGCGGCCGGGAGGACCUGGACGUUUUCCCGGAGCCCGUGGCCUUCCUGAACCUGCGGGGCGACAUCGGGUCUCACUGGCUGCAGUUCAAGCUGUUGACUGAAGUGUCCUCCGCCGUGUUCAUCUUGACGGACAACAUCAGCAAAAAGGAGUACAAGCUGCUGUACUCCAUGAAGGGGUCGGCCACGAAGUACUACUUCAUCCUGAGCCCGUACCGCGGGAAGCGCAACGCCAACCUGCGGUUCCUCAACAGGCUCAUCCCGGUGCUCAGGAUGGACCACUCGCACGUGCUGGUGAAGGUCAGCAGCACCGAUGGUGCGGGCUUCGUGCGCAGGGUGCGUGCCAUCGUGGCUCACGUGGCGCGGGCCCCCUGCCGGAGGCUGUCCGUGGAGGAGAUGGCCCACGCGGCGCGCAAGCUGGGCCUGCGCGUGGACGAGGACUGCGAGGAGUGCCAGCGGGCGCGCGGCCGGGCGGAGCGCAUCACCCGGAGGGUCAAGGACGCGGACGCCUACCGCAGGGAGGAGCUGCGGCUGCAGGGCGACGCCUGGAGGAAGGCAGCCCAGGUGGAGAAGGAGCUGUGCCGGGCCCAGUGGGCCGGGGACCCCCCGGACAAGGAGCUGAGGCAGCGGCUGCUGGAGCUGCGGGCGCAGCAGCUCGGUCACGAGCCCGCCGGGGGCCUGCAGGAGUUCAUCUCGGGCAUCAGCGGCCCGGCCCCAGGCGAGAAGCUGUACUUCCUGAGGUGGAUGGAGUGGGGGCUGGCCCGGGUGGCCCCGCCGAGGCCGAGGCAGCCUCCAGAGACCAUCCUCACGCUGAGACCGAGGCACUGUGCGGCCGCGGAGUCCGGCGAGCCCCUGGGCGUGGAGCACUUCCUGCGGGAGAUGGGGCAGUUUUAUGAGGCGGAGAGCUGCCUGGUGGAGGCGGGGAAGCUGCCGGCCGCGCAGAGGCGCUUUGCCCACUUCCCGGGCUUGGCCUCAGAGCUGCUGCUGAAGGGGCUGCCCGUGGAGCUGAUCGACGGGAGCGCGCGGAGCACCCCACUGCGCUGGGUCUCGGGGCUCCUCCGGGAGCUGCACGCGCGCCUGGAGCGGAGGCCGCGGCUCGUGGUCCUGUCGGCGCUGGGCCUGCCGGGCACGGGCAAGUCCACGCUGCUCAACACCAUGUUCGGGCUGCGCUUUGCCACGGGGCGGGGCCGGGGGCCUCGAGGGGCCUUCAUGCAGCUGGUCUCAGUGGCGGAGAGCUUCAGCCAGGACCUGGGCUGUGACCACAUCCUGGUGAUAGACUCCGGGGGCCUGAUUGGCGGGGCCCUGGCCUCGGCCGGGGAGCGGUUCGAGCAGGAGGCCUCCCUGGCCACGCAACUCCUGGGGCUGAGCAACGUCACCGUGGUCAGCUUAGCCGAGACCAGGGACAUACCGCCGGCCAUUGUGCACGCGUUUCUGAGGUUGGAGAAGACGGGGCGCGUGCCCAACUGUCAGUUCGUGUGCCAGAACCUUCAUGACGCAUGUGCCCCCGGGCCCAGGCCGCGAGAGAGGAGGCUGCUCCUGGAUCCGCCCGGGGAGGCGGACAGGGCCGGGGCGCACACGGAGAGACCGGGUGGCGGCAUGCGGACGCUGGCGGGCCUGGCCUUCUGUGACCCCGGAAAGCAGCAUAUUUGGCACAUCCCGGGCCUGUGGCAUGGGGUACCUCCCAUGGCCGCGGUGAGCCUGGCGUACAGUGAGGCCAUUUUUGAGUUAAAGCGAUGCCUUCUGGAGAACAUCCGGAAUGGCCUGUCCAACCCCAACAAAAACAUCCAGCAGCUCAUUGAGCUUGUCAGGCGGCUCUGAGUGUCCGGGGGGAGGCCUGUGCCAGGGCCGGUGUCCUCACGGGGCCGUGCCUGGAGCCUGAGCGGGGCUGGCGGCCCCCCUGUGCGAGAAGGGAGAGAAGCAGAAGCUGGGGGCCUGGAGUUUCCUACACGGUGUUGAGGAAGGAGGUGACCUCGCAGCCCAGGCCGGAGGUGCUCUCAGGAGCAGAGUGGCCCUUGGCGGGGGCGCGACGCACCAGUGCUCUGUGUCCGGGCUCCCUCUCUGUGCCCCUGGAGUGCAGCCGAGACGCUGUCCCAAGGAAGCGGGGGCAGGCCUUUGGCGACUCCGUCCUGCCAGUUCGACUGCCCUGUCCCCCAGGGCCGUCUGUUUACACCUCCACCACACUCAGCCCAGCGCGUCCCUCCUGCCCAGCUCCCGAGUCUGCCCCUCUCCAGGCUGUGAGCUCCUUGAGGGGAGGGCUGUGUGUGACCCCACUCUGUCCCCCUGGGGCCUGGCAAGGGGCCUGGCACACUGUAGGCACUUAAUAAAUGUUUGUUAAAAGAA